AUGGCUUGUAAAGCUAAGCUUAUGAUUCCUGAGGAUGACAAGUAUCAAGGAAAGGCGUUAGCCCUUUCACACCCAAGGACCGCCAUUACAACAAUAAAGGCGAAGUUUAGUAGGCAGAAAUUACAGAGGUUCGAGGGUAGUUGUUUUGGUCAUCUAUUACUGAUAGAGGACCUAAACUGGACAGCACAAAUUGUCCACGUGUUGUUGAUGAGGAAGGCUCAUCCUAAGAGUGUUAAACAGGUGAAUGAGAUAAAAUUCAUUGUGGGUAACAAGUUGAUACAAUUCACUGCCCAACACUUUUGCCUCAUCACGGGGCUAAGGUUUGGAAAGCUCCCUUUCAUUCCGAAGGCUUCAAAUGAAAACUGCUCGUUGAAGCGAAAAUACUUCAGCACCAAUAAACCUGCCACCGUUUCAGACCUAUACAAUGCCUUCAUCGAUUGCACAGAUGACGAGGAUGCGGUAAAGCUUGAAAUGGUCUAUUUUGCCGUUUUUGUGCUAUUGGGUACUGAAAAGCACGUGAACAUUGACAUGCGCUAUUUGAAGUUGGCCGAAGACCUAGAAGAGUUUGACAAGUAUCCAUGGGGGGCUGUGUCGUAUGCGAUGACAAACAAUUCACUUUUUAGGGCAAUCUGUUCAGAUUACCAACGAGUUAAAAUUUGGGCAUUUGAAGUCUUCCCAGCAUUGGAAGCAUUGCAUUUCGUGGUGCAUGAAGACAAUGGGCACAUCCCCCGAAUAUUACAUUGGAGGACCAACACGGUGGCCCGUUUUCGCGACCUCAUGAGUCAAGUUUAUGAAAAUGUUGAGGUUGAUGUGCAACUUCUCCGGCCCACUGAUAUUGAGAAGCAACAACCUUACUGGAGUUGGGGUGAUGCUGAGAACAAUGAAGAAAUUGUUGAAUUGUUUGGGGAUGAGGCCGAACAAAAUACCAAUAGUUCCAGUGAAGCAGUAGACAAGGAAGUUGAGGACACAACUACCCUUACCUCAUCUUCUAAGCACAAAGUGUCUUUGACUGAGUUGCGCAGUUUGAAGCAUCAAUUACAAAGCAGUAAGGAUGAGUUGGCAAAGCUACGCACUUCAAAUCGAGGCCUUAGGAACAGAGUGCGCAAGUUGGAAGGGAUUGUAGACAAGAAUUAUUUGAAGCAAGAGAAGGACAGUGAAAAAAAUUAA